GCACGGACUCGGUACCCGACUCCUCGUACGACCCGCUCCCGAUCCGACUCGCCUUCUCAUCCGAUCGUCCGAGGCAGCCUUUAAUAUCACGAGUUCACGACGCCCCUCUUCCUCUCUCCGACCUCAAGCCACGAACCACGAACCCGCCCCGCGCACGAUCGAGACGAGCAGAGAAUCACCGCCGGCGGACCGUUCGAUCUUGCUAUUAGCAGCGGCGUCACCAAUGUCGGGCGACGCGGCGGAGGCGCAGAGGACGAGGGCCGCCAACGGCAGCGGCAGCGGCGGGAGCAGCAACCGGAUUCAGGUGUCCAACACCAAGAAACCCCUCUUCUUCUACGUCAACCUCGCCAAGAGGUACAUGCAGCAGCAUGGCGAGGUCGAGCUCUCGGCGCUCGGCAUGGCCAUAGCGACGGUCGUGACCGUGGCAGAGAUUCUGAAGAACAAUGGCUUCGGUGUCGAGACAAGGAUUAGGACAUCCACUGUGGAAAUCAAGGAUGAGAUGAGAGGGCGGCCAAUCCAAAAGGCUAAGAUUGAGAUAGUGCUGCAGAAAAGUGACAAGUUUGAUGAGCUGAUGGCCACAGCUGCGGCGGAGGCAGCAGCAGAAGACGAGGAGGAGCAGACCUAGAAACCAUUAGUCAUGUAGACAGGAUGGCUUCUGUUUUCUUUUGUUAUUACUUUUGGUUACACCGGGAGCGGGGAGAGAGUGAGGAUGAAGAUGUGUUCAGUUCUUGAUCAAUGUGAACCUCUAGAAUUUAUUAAACAUAUACAUAUUUGGUUUAUUCAAAAUGCAUCUUGCAAGUGUUGGUAA